GAAUAAUCAGUUCGAUAAUUAGCUCAAGGCAAAAAUGGUUGUCGGCAAAAGGGUGUUUCUGUUGCAGUUGAUUGUUGUUGCUGUCCUGGUUUUGAGCCACAGCAAUGUACAGGGUUUGAACCUGGGUUAUUACCACAAAACAUGUCCGAAUGCCGAGUCGAUUAUCCGAAAAACGACUUACGGGUUCAUUUCUCGAGCACCGACUCUCGCUGCUCCUUUGCUCCGGCUCCAUUUCCACGACUGUUUCGUUAGAGGAUGUGACGGAUCGGUCCUUUUGAAUUCAAGUAACAACCAAGCUGAGAGAGACGCAUUCCCCAACCUAAGUUUACGAGGUUACCAUGUGAUCGAUGCCGUCAAAUCUGCUGUCGAAAAAGUCUGUCCUGAUGUGGUUUCAUGUGCCGAUAUCCUUGCCUUGGUUGCUCGAGAUUCAGUUUCCAUGAUACAUGGACCUUCGUGGGAAGUUCCCCUGGGACGAAGAGACGGAAGAGUUUCGAGAUUGAACGAAGCACUCGCGAACUUACCUUCUCCUUUUUUCAAUAUAACACAACUCAAACAAAAUUUUGCUUCUAAAGGUCUAAACAUGAAAGAUCUAGCCGUUCUAUCAGGAGGGCACACUAUUGGGACAUCUCAUUGUGUUGCCUUCGGCAACCGUCUCUACAAUUUCACUGGCAGAGGCGACACCGACCCGUCAAUGGAUCCGAAUUACGUCGCUCAACUGAAGAAAAAAUGCAAGCCAGGAGACACCACAACAUUGGUGGAGAUGGACCCCGGAAGCUUCAAGACCUUCGACGAUGAUUACUACACUCUCAUCACUAAAAGAAGGGGGUUGUUCGAAUCUGACGCGGCACUUCUCAGUGACGCGGAGACAAAAGCUUAUGUAUUCCAUCAAGCUUCCAUCCGCGGAUCGACUUUCGAUAAAGAUUUUGCGGUGUCGAUGGUGAAAAUGGGUAAAGUGGGAGUACUAACUGGGAAUCAAGGUGAGAUUAGGAAGCAUUGUGCUUUCGUGAAUUAAUUGAAGAGCUUGUGUGUGUUUUUUCUUUAAUGAUGAUUUUUUAUUGCUUUGAUGGCAUUUUAAUUGGCUAAAAUGUAAAGG